AUGGCAGCAAAUGGUGAAUCAAACCCCCUCGCCGCUGGUAUUCUUGGAAGUUGUCGGUACCGCGAUUAUCUGCACAUCAUUUCCAUUAAGAAUGAUUCGACUUUAAGGGAGAUCUAUGAAUCUAUCUUAAUGAAGUGGAACGAUAUACGUCCCGACAAAUUGGUGCUCCAAUACUUGGCUCCUCGUGAAAGAAUGUUUGUCACACUGACUUCUGACGAAGACGUGGUGAAUAUGGUUACAUUUCAUUUGAUAAUGCACAUGAGUGUGGUCGACAUUGUGGUGAGCCGCACUGAUGAACUUGAUGGACGUAGAAAGAGGGUCCCCAGCCACGGAUUUGCCCCCAUUCUUGAGUCUGUUAAUUCCAACAGUACGUUGCAAAUUGAGUACAAUCCGCUUGGAGAUUCAAUUGAUGCAUGGAGACAUUGCAUACGUGGGGAGAAACAAAAUUUCAAAGAAGAUAAUGAUUUUAGGUUUAUGCUAAAAAAUUACUGCAUUGCUAACAAUCGAACCUUUAAAUACAAGAAAAAUGAUCAACAAAAGAUCAUAGCCGUCUACAUUGUUGAAAAUUGCAAAUGGAGGGUUUAUGCAUCAGUUCAUAAAUCAGAAAAGUUAUUCGGCAUUUGCAAAUGUAUUCUUGAGCACAGUUGUCGUGAUGCUACUCUUCGUACAAGGGGUCAUCCCAAAGCCGAUGCUACAUGGGUUUCGCAACUUAUGAAACAACAAUUGAAAGAUGAGCCAAGUUACAAACCAAUUGCUAUUUUGAAUGAGGUCCAAAGAAAGUACGGUGUGAAGCUUAAGUACUAUACGGCGUGGAGAGGUAAGGAAAAAGCAAUGUAUGACAUUCAUGGGGAUGAGUCCAACUGUUAUGAUAAACUGAGACGUUAUUGUCGAGCAUUAAAACUGAAUAACCCUGGUAGUUGUGCCGAUUGUGAGAUUGACCCUGAAACUCAAAAGUUUCUUCGGAUCUUUAUUAGUUUUGGAAAUUCUAUUUUGGGUUUCCACCGUGGGUGUAGGCAAAUGAUAUGUUUGGAUGGGACUCAUAUUAAAAAUAAGUACAAAGGUUGCUUACUUUCUGCUGUGUCCAAAGAUCCAAAUGAUGAGUUAUACACAUUGGCCUAUGCAAUUGUUGAUGCCGAGAAUAAUAGAAAUUGGGAGUGGUUUUGUAAUAAGCUGAAAGAUAUUUUUGUUUAUCACAAUGGAGGUUUAUUGAAAAACUACACAAUUUUCUUUGAUCGUCAUUCGGGGCUUAUUAAAGCCAUUCCAUUGGUAUUUCCUGGUAGCAACCAUGCUUAUUGUUUGCAAAAUUUGGAGGAUAACUUUAGAACGAAGGUUCUAAGAUCGUAUCCAUUGCACAACAAAGGAUAUAGGGUGAAUAUUCUACAUAAGGCUGCAAUUGCUCAUACUCGGCAAGAGUUUGAGGAACAUAUUUCUCUUAUAGUUCAAUCAAUGCCUCGUGCUGAAUCAUUUAUCCGAGACUCGGAUCCCAAUCGUUGGGCCAAUGCGUACUUUUCUGCAGAUAGAUUGGGAAUAAUGAACAAUAACCAAGUUGAAUGCUGGAAUGGUUGGGUUAAAGAUGAAUGA